AAUCGCACAUCACACGCCGAUCCAGGGUCCAUCGCCUGUUGUCAUGCCUGGCCCGCCACCCUGCUAACAAGUCCGCCAUAUAUUCCAUCUGAUUACCACCCACCUUCUCCCCCACGGUAUACAAAUAGACCCUCCCACCGUCGAACCCCCUCCAGUUUGGAUUCGGUACCAGAAGGCCUCCCCAUCAUGGCCGACUACGCAAACCCGCUACCCGCUUCCAAAUCCCAGCCCGCGCUGGGUACUUCGGACUCGUCCUCCAAACCUUCCACGGGAGACACUCUUUUGAGUAACAGUCCGCCCAACGCUCUUCGACCUGGUCUUUCGCGCUCCACAUCCUUCUCCAACAGCUCUCUGUACCAAGAUGACUCGGACGCCGAGGAGGCCGCCUUCUUCCCGCCCGUGGAACAGCUCACCAUGUUCGAUUUCAUCGAGAAUCUUGCCUUGACUCAGCGCGUGGAGAAGUUGCAGAAUUCCAUCACUACCCAGACCGAAAGACUCAAGCUAGCCGCAAAGUCGCGCAGCCAGAGCACGAGAGAUCGCGCGAUCGAGGAAUGGCGUCGCAGAGUUCCCAGUGAGGGCGAGCAGCUCGACAGAUACAAGAAGCGGAUGCGCCACUCGGUCGAUCGCCUCAACAAGCAGUGGGCCUCUACCACCGCCGUCACCACCAGGGAGAAGAUGUCUUUCAUCGCUGCUGUCAUGAACAUUUUUGUCUCCGGCUAUCUAGUUGGUGCGCGACCUGACUGGUUUCCUCUGUGGUACGGUGCUCAGCUGUUCUACUUCAUGCCUAUCCGAUACUACACCUACCACAAGAAAGGCUACCAUUACUUCCUUGCCGAUUUAUGCUACUUUGUCAAUUUCCUCAUGGUUCUGAGUAUAUGGGUUUUCCCGCAAUCCAAACGCCUCUUCAUCAGCACUUAUUGCCUCGCCAUGGGAAACAAUGCUGUCGCGAUAGUCAUGUGGCGCAACUCUCUCGUAUUUCACUCCAUGGACAAAGUCGUCAGUCUCUUCAUUCACAUCAUGCCUUGUGCGACUCUACACUGUAUAGUCCAUCUUCUUUCCCCGCAAUACCAGCAAAAACGUUUCCCGGCCAUUUAUAAUAUCCGCACUUCUUCCCCAGACUCUCCACACCACUACUCCCUCGUCCAAAUGAUGCUUUGGGCCACCAUCCCGUACGCUGUCUGGCAACUUUCAUAUCACUUCAUGAUCACCGUCCGCAGACGCGAGCAAAUCGCCGCAGGCCGCCCAACUUCCUUCACCUGGCUGCUAAAGUCGUACUCGAAAGCCCCAAUCGGCAAAGCCGUUCUCUCCCUCCCCAAGAGCCUCCAGGAACCGGCCUUCAUGCUCAUCCAGUACAGCUACGCCUGCAUCACGCUGGUCCCCUGCCCCCUCUGGUUCUGGUACCGCUGGGCAUCCGGUCUUUUCCUGACAUUUGUCUUUUGCUGGAGCACCUACAACGGCGCCAACUACUACAUUGAGGUCUUUGGGAAACAGUUCCAGAAGGAGCUCGAGACGCUCAAGAGGGAUAUUGCCAAAUGGCAGAAUUCUCCAGAGGGAGGGUUCGUGUUGACGCCUGGUGCGGAGACGCUCAAGGAGUUUCCGCCGUUGGAUGGGAAUGCUAAUGCCAACGUCAAUGCGAAUGGCAAUGGUAAUGGUAAUGCUGAUACGGCGACGACGACGGCGACGGGCGACAAGAGUGCGGAUGGCGAGGUGAGGGAGCGGAAGUGA